UGGAGGCUGUUGUCACGUGCUAAAAGUGGGCAUUUCCAGUCCGUUACUUCCGGAAACAUGGAGGCUGUUGUGAGUGAAUUGGUAGCACCCGAAGACCUUUUGAAAUUUGAGAAGAAGUACAACUCUGAAUUGGUGAAGGGGGGCGUAUCGAAGGAGACCAAGUUUGAAUAUGCAUGGUGUCUGACCCGGAGCAAGUAUUCAAGUGACAUCAAGAAAGGAAUCGUAUUGCUGGAAGAGCUGGUUAACAAGGGAUCAAAGGACGAUGCCAGAGACUUCCUGUUCUACCUAGCUGUGGCCAACUACAGACUUAAGGAUUAUGAGAAAGCUCUGAAGUACAUCCGCACUCUCCUGAAGAAUGAACCUGGGAACAAGCAAGCCUUGGAGCUGGAAAAGCUCAUAGACAAGGCUCUAAAAAAAGAUGGCUUGGUCGGCAUGGCGAUCGUCGGGGGAAUCGGCCUGGGCGUGGCCGGAUUAGCAGGCCUCAUCGGAUUGGCUGUGUCUAAGGGUCAUGGUCCGAGGUCCUAAUAUGAAGUGUGGAGGGCCUUAGCUUUACUAACACACCUCAAAGAAAGACUGACGACAAGCAUUCUCUUAACUUGUCCCCCAUAACAAAUUCAACUACGGUUGGAAAUGGAUGGUGUUUCCAAAGAUGAGAAGAUCACCCGAUGAGCUUCCAAAAACAUCUCACUCACAUUGUCCAUGGAAUAAUGUUUGGGGAUUGGUUUCUGAAAGUAGCCUUAAUUUCACUUAAAUUGUCUUUGUAUUUUAACAGGUGUUUUGAUUCCAGUGAAUUCGACAUGUGUAUAUUCAUACAGAAGUAUAUUGUGCCACAUUUUUUUCUUCCAUAUUAUACAGUGUAAAUAAGGGUGAUGAAAUAUGUAGCUGAAUGGAAUGGCAUUUCUUGACUUACUGCCCUCAGUAUGUUAGUUAGCAAGAUGAAUACCCAACUAAUUUGUCUUUAAUUUGCAGUGUAGAAGUCAAAAUAACAGUAUUUAUCCACAAUAUAGCACCAUUUACUCAAGUGAUCGUAAUAACAGGAUACUAACAUGAUUAUGAUUGUUUUGUAUCUGGUGUAAUGUAAUACAUCAAAAUACCAAGACUUAUCAACUUUUGAUUGUAAAUGAAUUCAUUUAAAGUUGUUAUGGUUCUUAAUGUACACAUUUGGAAUGCACUAUUGGAGAUAAGAUACAUCAUUGUCAUCAUAUCCUUGCAGAUGUUCAGUGUAAACCAACCACACGUUUGUGUCACUGCAUGCUUUGUUGUGUUUUGAAUUGUUAUAAAUGAUCAACAGGAUGGAAGGAAAUGAAUAAAGGGCAGWGCUAGUAUACACGCACAAUGUU